GCAGAAUGGCGGGCUGUUUUCUAACCUCGUUAUUCAACUGUUUUUUUGUCAAACUGUUUUUUGUCGUAAUCGUUCUCUAUGUGUUUUUUGGAUAACAUUUAUUAGUUUAUUAAGUUUAUUAUCAGUUUGUUAAUACGUGCGUGAUAGUAAGUGUAUCGAUUACUAUAUGUAUAUAUUUAUAUAAAAUUUGUUUGCUGUAAAUACACAAUGAGUAGAAAACGCAAACCAUUGUCCAAUAUCUCUUUGGAGGAGGCUUCUAAGAAGUCUAAGAAAGAUGAUGAUGAUCAGGAUUCAUACUCGAGGAGAGCAGGUACUGUCAAUCAUAUGACUCUGAAGAAUUUCAUGUGCCACUCACUGCUGGAAGUCGAUUUUAGAAGCAACAACGUUUCUUUCGUUAUUGGAAGGAACGGUAGUGGCAAAAGCGCGAUUCUAACAGCGUUAAUUGUCGGUUUAGGUGGCAAAGCAAACUUAACAAGCAGAGGUACCAAUGUUAAAGGAUUUAUAAAAGCAGGAAAGGCCUCUUGUAGUGUAGAAAUAGAAUUAUGCAACGAAGGUCCUAUGGCAUACAAGCCCAAAGUUUACGGAAAAUCUAUAAAAAUUAUCAGGAAUUUGACACCUACAUCGUCUACCUAUCGGAUCAAAUCUGCUUCGGGGGAAACCAUUUCAAACUUGGCAAAAGAAAUACAAAACAUCACAACAAGUUUAAACAUUCAAGUCGAUAAUCCCGUUUGUGUGCUAACUCAAGAUACCUCGAGGAAUUUCUUGAGCAGUAACGAUCCAAAGAAUAAAUUCUCUCUGUUUAUGAGAGCAACAAAGUUGGAAAUGCUGGAAUCUGAAUUUAAAAUUAUUUCCAACAAUCGAAACAACAGUAUCAAGGCUUUAAAAGAUAAAAAGAACAAUUUUUCAAAUUUAGCCGAUGAACUAAACAGGUUAAAACGUAAAAUCGAUGGGCAUCAAUCCAUUGUGAAUUUGAAAGAACAAAAAAUAAUGCUUCAAACAGAAAUGUUAUGGGCUGAAGUUAGAGAUGCCGAAGAGGAACUGGCACAGGACCAAGAAAAAGUGAAUAAAAUAGUUAAAAAGAUGGAAGAUUUCAAGAAAACCACUCAGAAUAAGAAACAAGACAUCCAGAGCUACGAAGAGAAUGUUAGAGAGUAUAACCAACAGCAUGAACAGCUUAGAAAUCAGUUGGAUCUUCAUAGAAGGACUGAAAACGAUAACAAAACUCGCAUGGAACAGUUUCAGAACGCUUAUAACCGUAAAAGACAGGAAAAACAGAAUGUUUCUAUUGAAAUUGAUUCUAGAAAUAAAGAUGUUCAAACGUUACAAAAAGAAAUAUCCGAAGCUAAUGAUAAUAUGACAAAGGUGGAACAACAAAAACAGCAAAGAAUGAAGGAAUUACAAGACAUGCAAGGUAAACUUAGUGGCUUUGAUAAGCACUUAGAAACAGCAAGAAAUGACUUGUUUCACAUUAAAAGUGAUUUGGCUAGGAAAAAAGAGGAUGAAUUGUCUCUAAAAGGGGAAGUUGAACAGUUCAAUCAUAAAAUUGCGAGUGAAAAGGGAAGCUUAGAGGCCCUGAGAAAAGGAUCGGGCAACGUUCUGAUGCUGUACGGCAAGAGCAUGCCUCGAGUGUUGCAACUGAUCGAACAGAACAAGGCCCGCUUCAAGCAAGUGCCCAAGGGUCCCUUGGGCGCCUACAUCAAACUCAAGGACGAAAAAUGGGCGGUGGCAGUGGAGGGCUACUUGGGCCAGGCAAUGCUCAGAGCUUUCACCGUCGACAACCAGCAAGACAGCAAAUUGCUGAGGCAGAUAUUCUCCACGUGUAUGGAAGCGGGCGAACGACAGCCUACUAUUAUUACCUCGAGGUUUAUUCACAAAAAACACGAUGUGAGGAAAAACCUUGUAAAAGCGCCCAGCGAUUGCGCCGUCCUGUACAGCGUGCUGGCCAUCGAGGAUCCCAUCGUGUCCAACUGUAUCGUGGAUCAGAUGAGCGUGGAGAACAUCCUGCUGGUUGAGGACAACAGGAGAGCCAUCGAGUUGCUGUCUCAGAGGGAGAGAGUGCCUAGGAACUGUGCACAGGCUGUUACGAUCGGAGGUGACCGUUAUUAUCCCGAUCCUCACUAUAAAACCUACGCGUCCACGUAUAAGAGGGCCAGGUUUUUGCAGGUUGACACAGAGGAGCACGCCCAAUUAAUAGAAGAAAAUAUCACCAACAUGACCAACAAAAGACAGGUGAUGUGUAACCAACUGAAAGCCCUCCAGAAAGAGAUGCAAGGCCAGUACCAACAGCAACAAGAACUCGAGGAGAAAAUCAGGAAAGUUAAUUUGGCUAAAAGCCGAAUCAGUACCAGAUACGAAGACUUAAACAAUGAGCUAGAUCCCGAGGCACACGAUGUCACUAAUUUGGAAACGGUUCUACAAGAAGUAAAUACCAUUAUAACCACGAAAUCAGCCGAGUUAGAAUCGAUAAACGAAGAAUUAAAGGAGAUAAAACAGGAGAUCGUGGAGGCCAAGGAGCUUUUGCUGCGCUCCAAGAACGACUGCAAGUCGCUGGAGGAACGCACCUGCUCCUUGCUGGAGAAAAUCGAGGAGCACAAUGCGAAAAUACGCCAGAUGACAGUGGACAAAGAUUAUGAUCAAAGAAAAUUGCAGGACUAUCAAAGAAAGGUCAACGAAGGUCAGGAAAUUGUCAAUGGCAAGGAGAAGAAUGCCAGGAAGAAGGCUAUCGAUGCUUCGAAACUGGGAGAGCGUCCUGCGGAAUUGAGAACUGUGCCCGAAAUCUUCAAGGAAGUGCAAGAAAUCUCGAAGACUAUCGCUCGCAUCGAGACAGAAGCUGAUAAUAUUGACCAGGUGGCCUCGAGGUACAAGGAACUGCACGAAAAAUAUAACACCGUGUCAAACGUGAUGCGAGCCCUCGAAAAAAACCUCGACAUCUUGGGCCACUCGGUGGAACAACGUCACAAACACUACAAACUUACGGAAAACUUUUUUAUCACGUUCAUGAAGCAUUCCUUUAAAAAAAUCCUAGAGUUUAGGCAGUUUAAAGGGACUAUCGACAUAGAUAUGGAGGGAAGGAAGCUGGAGUUGGUGGUGAUUCCCCAGCAGGGGUCCCAGGGCCAGGGGACCACCUCGAAUUUGUCUGGGGGGGAGAGGUCUUUUUCCACGGUGGCGUUUCUGUACGCCUUGUGGCAGUGUAUGGAUUUUCCCUUCUAUUUUCUGGACGAAUUUGAUGUGUAUAUGGACAAACUAAAUCGCACGAAAGUGAUCGACAUUCUUAUGCAUCACGCGCGGUCCAAGCCCGACUUGCAGUUCGUCUUUUUGACACCCCAAGAUAUUUCGUUUGUUACCAGGGAGGCGGCAAUUCUACGCCUUCAAGACCCAGAACGCUAUACCCAAUGAUUCCGAAGGUUCCUUAAAUCACACGUAGGUUCGCAUUUACCUUUUCUAAGGUUUAUUUGUCUUUUUAUUCUCGAUUUCUGAGCUUUGUUUCGUACAGGAAUCGAAGAAAGUUAAAACAAGUCACGAAAAUAUUCUGUGAAUUGUUGUGUCGUUAUUUCGUGAAAAUACAUAAAAUAAAAGUCUAUUUUUCUGUUAA